AGAAAGAAAAAAGAAGAGUUCCAUUCUAUAACGACCAAACCGAAAAAAGUUGUCUCAUUGAUUAUUGUUAUUGUAAACACAAACACACACACAAGCAGCAUAAGAAGUAUCGCCCUCACACUAUUCAUUCAUUCACAUUUGGCCUUUUCUUCUUUCAACCCCAAUCUCAUUCAGUCAUUCCUCUCACUCCUACUACCAACAAUAACAACUCCCUCUUUCUUUUCCCCUUCAUUGACGAUCUCCACGAAGCUACAAUACCCUUAUAAUUUCAACAACUCUUUCUCUUUCUAUUACCCAUUUUCUUCUUUCUCUCUCUACCUCUCUUUCCUCCUUGGUUUUGGAUCUUCAAUUUCUCAUUCACUGAUUUUGGUGAUUUGAGGAAUUGAGAUUGAAGGACUGUGUUGAGGAACUAUGGCUUCCUCUUCUGCAACUCUUGUUGGUUCUACUGCUUCUGAUCUUCUCAGGAGUUCAACUACUGGUUUCACUGGUGUCCCUUUGAGAACCUUGGGAAGGGCAGGGUUGGUCUUGAAAAGAAGGGAUUUAACUGUUAGUGUUACUGCUAAGUUGAGGAAGGUGAAGAGGCGUGAAUAUCCAUGGUCAAGUAACCCUGAUCCCAAUAUGAAAGGUGGGCGGUUGCGUCAUCUCUCAACGUUCCAGCCACUCAAACAGCCGCCAAAGCCUGUUAUUUUGGAGUUUGAAAAGCCUCUUAUUAAUAUGGAAAAGAAGAUUAAUGAUUUUCGGAAGGUGGCAGAAAAAACUGGUGUGGAUUUAAGUGAUCAGAUUCUCGCAUUGGAGGCUAAGUACCAAAAGGCUUUGGUGGAAUUGUAUACAAAUCUAACUCCUAUACAGCGGGUCACCGUUGCACGGCAUCCUAACAGGCCUACUUUCCUGGAUCACAUGUAUAACAUGACUGAAAAGUUUGUGGAACUCCAUGGUGAUCGUGAAGGAUACGAUGAUCCUGCUAUUGCCGCUGGUCUAGGGAGUAUAGAUGGUAAAACCUACAUGUUCAUCGGCCACCAAAAGGGUAGAGAUACUAAAGAAAAUAUUAAGCGUAACUUUGCGAUGCCAACUCCACACGGUUAUAGGAAAGCUCUGCGCUUGAUGGAAUAUGCAGAUCAUCACGGGUUCCCGAUAGUUACUUUCAUUGACACCCCUGGGGCAUUUGCUGACCUCAAAUCCGAGCAACUUGGUCAAGGUGAAGCAAUUGCUCAUAAUUUGAGAUCCAUGUUUGCUCUGAAGGUGCCAGUUAUUUCUAUAGUUAUUGGGGAAGGUGGAUCUGGCGGUGCCCUUGCCAUUGGAUGUGCUAAUAAAUUACUCAUGCUUGAAAAUUCAGUGUUCUUUGUUGCCAGUCCAGAGGCAUGCGGUGCAAUCUUGUGGAAGAGUAAUAAAGCUGCUCCAAAGGCUGCUGAGCGACUGAAGAUUACAGCAUCUGCAUUGUUGGAUUUGGAAAUUGCAGAUGGCAUUAUACCGGAGCCCCUGGCUGGUGCACAUACUGAUCCAAGUUGGAUGUCUCAACAGAUUAAAAUUGCAAUCAAUGAAGCUAUGGAUGAACUCACCAAGUUGAGCACAGAAGACCUAAUAAAAGAUCGCAUGCAUAAGUUCCGAAAACUCGGUGUUGAUGGGAUCCAGGAAGGAAUUCCUUUAGUUCCCAGUAAGAAAGUCAACACGAAAAAGAGGGAAAUAGGUGUUCCGCCGAAGAGGCAGGAGGUACCUAUUCCUGAUUCUCAAAUAGAGGCUGAAAUUGAGAAACUGAAGAAAGCUAUUUUGGAAGGGGAGGACUCUUCUGCGGCAAAGAAGAAUCCUGGUUCUCAAAUAGGGUCUGCAAUUGACAAACUGAAGGGUUUAUUUUUGGAAGGUAAGGACUCUUCUGCGGCAAAGAAGACUCCUGGUUCUCAAAUAGUGGCUGAACUUGACAAACUGAAGGGUUUAUAUUUGGAAGCUAAGGACUCUUCUGCGGCAAAGGUUCCUGGUUCUCAAAUAGUGGCUGAAAUUGAGAAACUGAAGAAUAGUAUUUUCGAAGAUGAGGACUCCUCUUCUGCUGUUCUGCCAGAGAAGAUUCCUGGUUCUGAAAUAGCGGUUGAAAUUGCGAAACUGAAGAAAAAUAUUUUGGAAGGUAAGGACUCCUCUUCUGAGCCUUCAAAACUCGAUCUGGACAAGACAAUAGAGACUCUGAAAAGGGAGGUUAAUCGAGAAUUCUCUGAGGCCGUUAAAGCCGCGGGCUUAACAAAAACAUUGACGAAACUACGGGGUGAAAUUUCAAAAGCAAAGGCAGGUAACCAACCUUUGACUCCAUUGCUGAAGGAGGAGAUAAAAAGUUUUAACCAAAGGUUAUCAGCGGCUCCUAAUUCCAGAAAGCUGCUGAAGAAGCGUGGCUUGUUAAGAGAAGUGACUAAAGUCAAGCUUUUGUUGGAUAAAAACAAGGCUGCAACACGUAAGCAAGAGCUAAAGAAAAAGUCGGAUGAACACAAGGAGGCUGCAAGACUUGAGCAAGAACUAAAGAAAAAGUUUGAUGAAGUCAUGGAUACUCCUAGAAUAAAGGAAAAGUAUGAAGCAUUACGGUCUGAAGUCCGGCGCGUUGACGCAUCCUCAGGAAGUGGCUUGGACGAUGAACUGAAGAAGAAAAUCAUUGAGUUCAAUAAGGAGGUAGACUUGGAGCUGGCUACAGCUGUGAAGUCGGUAGGGUUAGAGGUUGAGUCUGUGAAACCAGGACAUGGCUGGAACAAGUCUUCAGUGCCAGAGAUAGAAGAACUAAACAAAGAUGUACAAAAGGAAAUUGAAAUUGUGGCAAACUCGUCACCGAAUGUUAAGAGACUGAUAGAGCAAUUGAAACUGGAGGUUGCCAAGUCUGGAGGGAAACCAGAUUCUGAAUCGAAGAGUAGAAUUGAUGCUUUGACGCAACAGAUUAAGAAGAGCCUUGCUGAGGCUGUUGAUUCGCCUAGCCUGAAAGAGAAGUAUGAAAACCUCACUCGACCAGCAGGAGACACUCUCACCGAUGACAAAUUGAGAGAGAAAGUUGGUGUAAAUCGCAACUUCUCUUAAUAGACUGCUGCUCGUGCGGAGCUGGUGAAGACGGUGCUGAGAGUGGAAACUGCAUCAGCGUCUUCCUGAUGAUAUAUUUUACCAAUAUCUUCAUGGUCAAUAAUUGUUAGAAAGAGAGUUAAAGGAGAUACCGGACGAUUUGUGGCUGAUAUUUUUCAUCAUCUAGACUACAAGCGCUAAUAAAACAUAAAACCAUUUUGUAUCUGUUGAGUUAGAAUGUUGCAGUUAAUUUUAGAAUGACUUGCUUUAUCUACGUCUUUUUUCUUCCCUUUUUCAAAAAUUUUAAGUGUUUUCCCUGAAUAGACAUAGAUAUAAAUUAUUUGUGUUUGUAGAACAUAAUAAAUAACAUGAUGCUGUGGUGUUUGAAUGUCUUAUUUGCAAGAAUGAACUGUGGGCUUAGUUUUGAUGUGUA